AUGAGAACCGGACAGAGCGCCUUUGUCUUCAUCUUACUAGGCUUCAUGUACCGAUCCAUGAGACUUCUCGGCUUGGACGUCGACGUUUCGACACGGCUCAGUCAUCCUCCAUCGGCUACGAACUUCUUUCAAAGCGAAAGCAGGAGCAGGCUUGUGUGGUAUUGUUAUGCUGUCGACACCCUAGCUGCAUCCGGAGUCGCGGCGAACUCUUCAUGGCCCCAUAAACCACCUGAAAUUCCUCUGCCAUGUAACGACAGAGAUUUCCUCGCCCGUUGCCCUUCUCGCUCGGAGGUAUGCCUAAAGGACCUAGACCAACCCAAGGGGCUUUCUCAAGCUGUUGCUCAACUUGAUCUUCCACCCACUCACCAGAAGACACUCAUCCAACUAUUACAACUCGUGGUACCCUUUAUCAUAUUUCUCAAUUCUACUGUCUUACUGUCUAAGCUUGACGAUUUCUCUCGUUGCAUUCCCGAAAGAUUCCGGGUCAACGAAUUGAAUAUGUACGUCCACAAAGACCAGGGCAUUUUCGCAGCUGUCUCCUUCCUCCACUUCAUGCUGCACUCUACCUCCUGCAAUUUGGCACGCAUAUCGUUGUCUGGCUUUACAUUCCCGCUGGAAGACGCGUUCCACGAUACUCCGUCUUACUUUCGGCUACAGUGUCUACCGCUUUCCCACGCUAAUGCCACGAGCGUUUCAAACCUCAUUCGACAGGGCUUUUCGCAUGAUCUCGACGCCUUCGACAAUCCGUUUUGUCUUACUUGCUCCUUGGAAUCCGUCAAGGUCCAGGUUAUUUACCCCGCCACGGUCGAUAACAGGGUUGUGUCGCUCGAGAAUACGAGACGCAAUGCGAGAACGAAUCUUGAACUGAUGCAACUCCUCGGUGGGGCAGAGCGUGGUCAGAGUCCUUACAUGACCCUUUAG